AUCCCUUUUCUCAUUCACAGGAAGUGGACGUGCCUAAGGUGCUCGGUUCUUCACCCGAAGCUAAGGCCCGCAAUCCGGCGACUAGCACCGUCAAAAUUAGGCAUCCGACACCCUGAACGUGAAAACAAACAUCUAAGAUGGCUUCCGUCUCCGAGCUGGCCUGUAUUUACUCGGCUCUCAUCCUCCACGACGACGAAGUCACUGUCACCGAGGACAAGCUGAAUGCGCUAAUUAAGGCCGCCGGCGUGAGCGUGGAGCCUUUCUGGCCCAGUCUCUUCGCCAAGGCUCUGUCCAGCGUCGAUAUCGGCAGCCUGAUCUGCAACGUCGGCGCCGGAGGUGGCGCGCCAGCCGGAGCCCCCGCUGCCGGAGCAGCCCCUGCAUCUGCUGGAGAUGCCCCAGCCAAGGCAGAGGAGAAGAAAGAAGAGAAGAAGGAGGAGUCCGAGGAGUCUGACGACGACAUGGGCUUCGGUCUCUUUGAUUAAACUGGCUGUUUUUUUAAAAACACAAUAAAAUGACCAAAAAAUA